GUGUUGACUGACAGGCGAGCUGCGGGUCAGGUGUGGCGCCAAUCUCUCUGGGCUGCACUUCACAGCAGAGUCCAGGGUCUUCUCGGGGUCCCUGCGGUUUGCACCGGAGGGAGCCACUGUGUCUGCAAUCCUGGGGUUUUCUUACAUGCCUGUUUUCCUCAAAAUGAGUGUUAGUAUCACCUUCGUAAGACCUUUUACCAGAGUUUUGGUACCAUUUACCCUUCAUAGGAAGAGAAGGGUUUUAUAUUCAACAAUUCUGCCGAGAUACAUGUCUUCCAAAAUACCUGCUGUGUCCUAUCCUAAUAAGGAGAGUACAUCACCUCCUAAACAGCUGGAAUUGGAUGGGUGGAAAAUUACAAUGAAAUCUAGUGUGCAAGAAAGUGUACCAACAGUCUCAAGUACCAAGGAUGAAGAUCCUGUAGCUGCCACCAGGGAGUUAAUUGAGAUGUGGAGAUUGCUUGGCAGAGAAGUACCAGAACACAUCAGUGAAGAAGAGCUCAAAACCAUUAUGGAAUGUGCUACUAAAUCAUCAAAAAAAAAAUAUUUAAAAUAUUUAUAUGUUAAGGAAAAAAUCAAAAAAGCUAAGCAAAUAAAAAAGGAAAUAAAAGCAGCAGCAAAGGAAAAAGCAAAAACAGACCAACUGCUGGAAACCACUAAGGAAGAUAAACAGCAAAACUUCCUGUUUCUCCGACUUUGGGACAGGAACAUGGACAUAGCAAUGGGCUGGAAGGGUGCCCAGGCUAUGCAGUUUGGACAACCUUUGGUUUUUGACAUGGCUUAUGACAAUUACAUGAAACCAAAAGAACUGCAGAAUACUGUUUCCCAACUUUUAGAAAGUGAAGGAUGGAACAGAAGAGAUGUUGAUCCUUUCCAUAUUUAUUUCUGCAAUCUUAAAAUAGAUGGCCCUUUUUAUAGAGAGUUAAUUAAACGUUAUGGAGAAAAAUGGAACAAAUUGCUUUUAACAGCAACAGAAGAGUCUCACGUAGAUUUAUUCCCAAAGGACAGUAUUAUAUAUUUAACUGCAGAUUCUCCUAAUGUUAUGACUACUUUCAAGCAUGACAAAAUUUAUAUAGUGGGAUCUUUUGUAGAUAAGAAUCAGCAGCCAGGUAUAUCCCUCGCCAAGGCAAAACGGCUGAAUCUAGCAACAGAAUGCCUUCCAUUAGAUAAAUAUUUACAGUGGGACACUGGUACAAAAAAUCUCACCUUAGAUCAAAUGAUGCGUAUUUUGUUAUGUCUGAAAAACACUGGUAGUUGGGAAGAGGCUCUGAGAUUUGUUCCUAAGAGAAAACAUACUGGUUAUCUGGAGAUUUCUCAGUAUUCUCAAGAUCUUCUCAACAGAGUGAAGAAGUCAAAGACUUUUAAUUCAUUUCCAAAAGGCUCUCUAAAUAUAUGCACACAGAAAAAGUAAUCUGAAUGAGAAUAUUUGAUUGAUUAAAAAGUAAAUGGAUUGGAAAUACAGUUCUAUUAGUCUCUUUCUUCCUGAAUGGAAUUCACUUGCUCUUUCUUUUAAAGGUUGUCUUUCCAAACAAAAAGUAUUUUAUCUUUCCCCAAUUAAUAUCUGUAAAACUUUGGAAAUUAUAAGAAGAAACUUAAUAACCUUAGAAAGUAAAAAAUGUCCAAGUUUGUUGAGCCCAGUAAAACUGUUGUAUCAUUGAUGUGCCUUUUUUUUUUUUUAUGAAUACUUGGACUGAGACUCCAUUUUCCUCCUUAAAUGUUCUUUUAGCCAUGUCAACAACUACCCUCUCAUCAAAAAUUGAUAUAAAGAUUUCUAAACUUCAGGUGGUGGUUCAUGUAUUAAAGUAACAUUUGAUACAGUGCUGGGCAUGUCAUAGGCACUAAGGUAUAUUGUUUAACAGAAUCUUUAUUAAACAAAAGGUUAAGAUAAUCCCUUGGCAUGUCGUGGGAUUUGGCUAUAUAAUGAAAAAUGGGUUUGGGGGAUAAAACUCAUUCCUUGUCCUCUUGGAAAAAAAGGGUUUAUUUGACGAGUGUUACAUACAGCAAUUCCCUAUUGUAGUAUAGAUGGUUUUCCUUUUCUAUGAAAUAGUUUCUUUUCUCCAGCCAUAUGAUUUGAAUGGAAGCUGCCAUAUUUUUACAGACCUUGCUCCCCUGGCUACAGCUGAUUAUGCCAAAGGAGACACCUUAUUCAGGCUUAGAGAUGGGCAUCUGACUUUAAGAUAGGGCAGUCAGAACCCUUUUCCAGGAUUUUUGGACUUGAGAAUUAAGACAACCUGUGUUAGUUCCUUUCUCAUGGUGGGCUGUGACAGAAAGCUCUGGAAUUGAUAGUGGCCAUGUCCUCCUCUAUAAAGGAAGCCAGGCUACAGGAGGAGAGUGAAGCUUACCUACAGAAAUAAGACCAAUUUCUGGAGCUGUUCAAAUCCCUGCUUUCAGUUGUCUCUGAGGUCUAGCUAUAGAUUUGCCUUUAGCAUUUAUUGGUUGUUCAAACCUCGUGCGAUGUCCUGGUAUCCGCCAAUAAAUUCCCCUUUGCUUAAACUAGUUUGGGUUUCUGCCACUUGCUACCUAAUGAGUCCUCGUAUAUUUGAGAAAAUAUGUACUUGUUUCCUAAGAAGUGAACUUUUAGGAACCAUAUUCAUUGUAGGUUAACUGCACCAUUAAAAUUUUUGAUAACAUGGGAAAUAGAGAUGUAUGGCCAAAUAUUUCUACCUAGUUUCUGAAUGGGAAAUUAGCUUAAGAUACGCUAUCCAAUACAUUUCUUAAAGCAGGAUCUAACUUACCAAAUACUAAAUACCUACUUUGUGCCAAACAGAAUGCAGUUUACAUGAAUUGUUUAAACAACUAAGUUAAAAGUACUAGCAUUAAUACUUUUACAGGAAAAUUUACUCAAAAUAAUUCAGCCUUAAAAUAUCUUAGAAUUCAAAACAUUUCUCUGACUUUAAAGUCCCAGUUUUUAACCUACAAAUUAUGCCCUCUAUAAUAAGGCAAGCAUAAAAUGAAAUGAAGAAACAAGGAAUGCCUAACCCAAACUUUUGGGAUCAGGAAAGUCCUUGAGGAAGUGAUGUGUAAACUUAGAAAGUGUGGUAUGAAUGAAUUUCAACUGUUAUACCCUACUAAAGUGGCAAGGUGUUAAUAUUUGAACUGCUUGAGAUACACUGAAGAUGAUAUAGCACAGUGGCUAAGGAACAAGAGGUAAGAUUGCCUAUCAGGACCCACACUAGAGUAAGGCAAACAAGGUUCCUAUGGCGGAGGUCUCCCAACUUCCAGCCUUGCUCCCUAGGUUCUAGCUCCACCCUUACUCGCUCUGAUUUUGCCUAAAUUGCUCAACCUCUUGAAAUGUGUUAAUUUCAAAGAGAUAUGAAAUAGUACUUGACUCAAUAAAACAUUUAAUAUGGUGUCUGACACAUAAGUGUUAAGUAAAUAUUAAUAUUUAAGUGUUAAGUAAAUAUUAAUAUUUAAGUGUUAAGUAAAUAUUAAUAAGUAAAUAUUAAUAACUAAUUCAGACUGUGCAUUCAAAAUGGAAUGGAAUUUCAUUGGAAUGUAUGUGAUUUCUAAUACUAGUAUAUGCCAAGUUAUUGUGUCCCUUUAAGGAGUACAUUCUUAUUUCUGUAUAACAAUAUGCUAAAGUAUUUCAGUAAUACAACAUUAGAAUUAAAAAAAAAAAAGACAAUUUUCCUUUCAAAUAGCCAAGCAGUAACUGUUAUUCUAAGACCUCUUAUGUAGUUAAAUCCCAAUAACAAGCUCAUCCAGUUUGAACUCAUACUGAUUUUAAUUUUUUAGAAACUGGAACAUAGAAGAACUUCAGAUGCUGCUUCAAUUUCUCCAAACUAGAUGGUCUGAUUUCCCAGGCACUAAGUAGGAAGUAAUGGCUUUUCUAUCACUAACACCCAAUAAUUUAUUCUACAGUAUUCCUCUUUGAAGACAACUUUUGUUGCCUAUGUUCUGUCUUUCCUUCUUACCUAUUAGAGACAUGUUUUCAUGUAAUGCCAUUUCUAGUUCUGUCCUUUUGCUCUUUUCAAACAUGCUACCAACUCCCUCAGCUUUUAAUAAUUAAAACAAUUUUAAGUCUUUACUUGCUACUAUUAACCCCACCACAUUACCCAGUUUAACUUUUUAUAUCUAAGCCAGAUUCUUCAAGCAAGUAUUUAGAAUGCACUGUUUGCAUUUCCUCUACACCACUACUGUUACAUAGAUAUAUAAUUCAAGCCACAUACGUACUUUUAAAAUUCCCAGUAGCCACAUUAAAAAUAAAGGAACAGGUAAAAUUAAUCUUAAUAUCUUUUGCUUACUCAUAUGCCCAUACUAUUAUUUCAAUUUGUAAUCAGUAAUUGUGGAUGAAGGAGAGGUUCUAGGGAAAGGAAACUCACAGGGUCGGUGAUCUGAUCAUAAAUUCCUAACUGGGCCAGUCAUGGUGGGUAAUCAUGAUCCAGGUAUAUAAGUUCUUUGAUGAAAGGCUUAUCUUUGCCUUAAGCAAGCCCUGUCCAUUGUAUCUGUGCAUCUAGGUUAACACACCU